AUGGCCUCAAAAGCUUUGUUCAUUGUAGUAGCUUUUUUUGCUACACUUGUUGCUCCAAGUAUGGCUAAGGUACAUUACGUUGGAGGUGCCAGAGGUUGGACAUUGAAUUUUGAUUACCAAACUUGGGCCUCGGGACAAGAAUUCCAUGUUGGCGAUGAUUUAGUUUUCCGGUACCCCGUUGGAGUUCACAACGUAGCAAAGGUGAACGGGACGGGAUUCCAGACGUGCACUGCACCGACUGAUGCUGCACCACUUACCAGUGGAUACGACGUGAUCAGACUUGCGGCGUCCGGAAAAAAGUGGUACAUUUGCAGCGUCGGCGUUCACUGCGCGGUUGGUGGAAUGAAGCUUGUUAUUGAUGUUCUGCCGGAGGGAUCAGCGGAGUCCCCUGCAUCUGCACCGGCUCCUAGCCCUGUUCAAUGGAUCCCGACAAGAAAUGCUGGCCGUGGUUUAUUUGGAACCUUUGGAAAAUUUGUCCCAAGGUUGGGCCAUUGA